AUCACUAUAAAGAUUUUGAUAAAAUUUAUGGCCAACCAACAUUAGAAAAAUUUUAUCCAUCAGCAAUAAAUAUAACUUCUAAUGAAGAAAUAAAUGAAAAAAAGACUGGUCAAUUUAAAUUAAGCUUCAAUCUACUCUUGAUGCAAAUAAGUGUUAGAUUAAAUCUUACAUGUGAAUCUCCUAUUGAAUUGACAUAUUUUUCAUGGCGACUUAAAAAAUUUGAUAUAUGCUAUUAUUGGUGUGGAGAAUCUGAAAAUCUAAUAGAACCAUUAGAUACACUAAAAGCUGAAUGGAAAACUAUAUAUCCAUUAUGUGAAUUUUGCAAAAAUAAUGGAAAAACAUGGCAUAAAAGAGCACAAAAAAGUUUCUUUCAAUGA